GGGACCUUGACAAAAAAUAAUUGACUACCCUGACCCCGUGUAUGUCUAUAAAUCAGGGUUGCACAAGUAUGCAGUUAAACAUGCACACAUACGCACAAUGCAUGGGGGGGGGGGCAUCAGGAGUUUAAGACUGGAGGCUGUAGGGACUAGUUACCCUAGACAGAGCCUGUGACACAUAAUAGGCGCACACCGUGGAAAACAGCAGCAGAAUAGGCUAGAAAAGCAACCACUGGCCUGAAUGGAAAAGCUGUAACUUUCUCACUACAGCCCCCCAGGACAGGCGCCUGCGCGGGCUAGCGCUCCCGUACGGCGGGAGGUCCAGGCUGUCCCCCUUUGCAGCCCGCCGGGCGGGUGUGGCGAGCAGGCAGCCCGCCCAGGGCACGCGAAAUGGUUCUGACCCUAGGCACGAGCCAGCAGCAGGCUGACACUGGCGCAUGACAGAGGCCCAGCGGGAGAACCCCCGGGUGUAGCUAGCGCGCGCGGCGGGGGGGGGGGUGGUACCAAGCGGGGCUUGGACCCGCUGCAGAGCGGAGGCGCCGGCUGCAGCCCGCGCAGGCCCCGAGUCCCGAGCCAGGAAUGCGAACAAGGCGGCCGGGCAGCCCCGGUUCAGCGCAGCUCUACCGCCACGGGUGCCGGCGCACGCGCACUGCGUGACCGGCGAGUCAGCAGCAAGCCUGGUUGUCUCGAAAGCAGGCGGGGGAAGAGAGAUGCAGCUCCCCAGAGCAAAGGGGUGACCGCCCGACGCCGGCUUUCCCGGGGGAGGCGCGGUUCCUCCCUACGCGGGGGUUGCAUGCUCCGGUGGGGAAGCCCAGCUCCUCCUUGGGGUUGUCGUGCUAAGCUGACUUUGCCCGGCCCCGGAGCCGGGGGCAGAGUGCAGGCAUUUCUGGCGAGCUGUUAUCACUUACAAGGAACUUCAGCGAAUGACCUGAGCCAACCUCCGAAGGAUCGGAAUUGCAUGGGGGCAGCCGUGGUAUUAGCCAUACAAAGGCUUGGAGGAAGUGUCCUGAAUGGACGAUGAAAUGAAGCAUUUCUGCCUGCAAGGGGAAGUUGCAUGAGAAGAAUUUGCUGUAACUAAGCAGCAGCACCCCGCUGGGCUCCUGGCUCCAGCUACUAUGGCCCAAUCCAGGGUCUGGAAUAGCAUCAAAUCCAUGUUGAGAAAGAACGAUGACCCUUUGUUCUUGAACGACUCCAGUGCCUUUGAUUUUUCAGAUGAAGCGGGGGAGGAGGACUUUCCUCGGUUUAACAAGUUGCGAGUUGUGGUUUCUGAUGACACUUCGGAUGCAGCUCCGGACAGACCUGUCAAUGGGGCUCACCUAGGUCUGCAGUCCGAUGACGACUCCUUGCUGGACCGGGAUAUUGCUCUGCGGAGCACACAGACUAGCUCCUCUAGGACGGACCCUUGUAGCAAUUGCAGUAAACAGAGGGAACUAUCAAAACAGAGGAAGGUGAAAAAACAGCUGACCCUCGCUGCCGUUCUCUAUCUCUUCUUUAUGAUUGGAGAGCUCAUAGGUGGAUAUGUUGCUAAUAGUCUAGCAAUCAUGAUGGAUGCACUUCAUAUGCUAACUGACCUCAGUGGUAUUCUUUUGACUCUGCUUGCUUUGUGGCUCUCUGCAAAAUCUCCCACAAAAAAGUUCACCUUUGGAUUUCACCGCUUAGAGGUGUUGUCAGCCCUUGUUAGUGUAUUGCUGGUAUAUAUCCUAAUGGUGGUGUUCUUAUAUGAAGCUGUUCAAAGAACUAUCCAUAUGGACUAUGAAAUUAAUGGAGAUAUAAUGCUCAUUACAGCAGCUGUUGGCGUUGCAGUAAACUUGAUAAUGGGAUUUCUACUGAAUCAGUCAGGUCACCUUCAUUCUCAUUCACACUCCCAAGUACCUGCAUCAAACACUCCUAACACAGCUCACGGGCAUAGCCAGGGAAACAGCAGCCUUGCAGUGAGAGCAGCAUUUGUACAUGCCCUGGGGGACUUGGUACAGAGUAUUGGUGUGCUUGUAGCUGCAUACAUCAUACGUUUCAAGCCAGAAUACAAGAUUGCUGACCCUAUAUGUACUUACAUAUUCUCAAUACUUGUGGUUUUUACAACAGUCCGAAUCAUACGGGACACAGGAGUUAUUAUACUGGAAGGGGUUCCAAAACAUUUGAAUGUGGACCGCAUUAAAGAAGACUUAAUGAAGAUUGAAGAUGUUUAUUCAAUAGAAGAUUUGAAUGUUUGGUGUCUCACUGCAGGAAAAACUACUGCCACAGUCCACUUGCAAUUAGUUCCAGGUAGUUCACGUAAAUGGGAGGAAGUUCAGUCCAAGGCCAGACACUUGCUGCUGAACACAUUUGGAAUGUAUAAAUGCUCUGUCCAGCUUCAGAGCUACAAGCACGAAGUAAACAAGACUUGUGCGAGUUGUCAGAGUUCCAGUGCCUAAUUUCAUACGUUUUGGGAACUACUGCCUUAUUCUCUAUCUUGUAGUCAAAGACUAAAGAGCAAUAAAUGAAAAACUAACAUGAUUGAAUGGAAUCCCUUAUGUGUGGAAUUGUACCAGUAUUUGAUGCCAGAGGGAGAACUGGUACUGCAAAAAGUGCAGAAGGUUCCCUACAGAAAAAUGUAUUUGCUUUCUCUCGCUCUGACCAAUUUAUUGUCAGUUCGGUAUGAUUUUCAGACAAAGAUGUUUCCACAAUAUUGUUUACAGGUUGUGAUAUGGCUCUGCAGAUACCUCAUCAAUUACACUUCAAUAUUGUCCUUCGUUAAUUGUGUACCCCUAAUGUAUCUGCGUUCCAAAUGGAGCGCAAAGAAUUCAGUAUUUGACUUAAAAACUUUUUAGAAGUUGAUUAUGUCAGGGGUCCAUAACACUUAAAGAUCCCUAAAGUGGUUAUACAGUAUUUUUGUAAUACAGUUUUAAUGUAUGAUCUUAGAAGAUGGUGCAUACAGUGCUAGCUAAACCAUUUGAUAAACUGUCUUCAGAAAAUUGCCAAAUAUAUCCAUACCAGAAAUUUAGAUUUAAUGCAGGCAUUCAAUGGUCCAAAUCAAGAGGUCCUUAUCCAGGCAAAAUUUCCAUUGUCUAAUUAGAGACUUCAGAACUGGACCCAAAAUGUUUUAAUUGAUCAGUUAUCUUUCAUGUAUUUUAGUAUGGUAUGUAUAUCUUAGAAGCACUUAUUUAUUUAAUAGUUUUGACUCUUAAGACGAUUUUAUUAUUAAUGAAAUUGAACAUGUAAAACAUUUUAACUUGAUUCAAAGGCCAAUUAAUUAGCAUUCAUUCUAAUUAGAAUUAAUAAAUGUGCUGUAGGAAACAUUUUUCAUGAUUAUUUUGCAUUGUGAAAAGAAAAUUAUAGAAACUAUGUUAACUGUGAAGAUACUGUCAGAUAAUCAGACAUGCGACACAAAUAGAUAUUCUAACAGGAAAGUAGGGAGGAGAGAUUUCAGAUAUGUUCCCCAAACUUAGAAUUUUAAUAAUCUGUUAAUAUUGUUUUUGCAUUUCCUUUAGAGAAAUACAUUCUGUGCAUGAUAUAUGAUGUCCAGGUUCCCAUGGAACUGAGUCUCACAGGGUCUCUGUAAAUCCUCUGCACUUUGACUUUAUACGGGGCAAAUUUAAACUCAGUCUCUCUGAGCUGCUUGUGGUUACAGCCACCAUGUAUCCUCCUCACUAAAGGCCAGAAGAAUAUAGACUGCAAAAGCUGAAAAGAAAACCAGAAUUUGGCCUCAGAUCUCUGUUGCACUUUGAUCUCUAUCCAGAACUUCCACUGACAUCAAUAAUAGUUCUGUGCAUGUAUCAGAAAAGAUAACUUUUGCCCUACAUUGACAGCUUUGCUAUUCAGCUGUAAAUGCCAAGGCAACCUACUGUUUUGAGACCUGCUACUGUUUCAUAUUUAAUUUCAUCAAACGGAUUUGUAGUUGCAAUUAGGACUAAAACAUGGCUUGUUUGCUUUCUCUUGAGGUAGGGAAUCAGAUGAUAAAAUUUCAGAGAUACUAAUUAACAGCACAGUAUUAGUUUGGACAAAGUGCACAUAACACUGGAUUAUGUUUGUAUUUCUUCCAGCAAAGAGAGGGAAUGCAACACUACAGUAUGCCAGCACCUUCAGCUCAGAGGUAGAGUACCAGGGUCUUUGGGACGCUAAUGCUUCAGUACAUACAGUAUAUCACCAGUAAAGCCAUAUCACAGUUUAUGAAAAAUUGUGUAUCCUUUCCAUAUGAACUUUCUGAAAACCAGGUAUUUUGCACAUACUGGCUAUUCAAAUAGGAUUUUAUGAAGUUGCGGUUUACAGUCAGUGUAGUUAGAAGUUGGAGUAUGAUAAACUUGUAUUGUAUUUGGAGUCUUAUAUUGUAAUGAUAUACUAUACAUUUGUUUAACUGAAAAAAAGCAAAAAUAUGUUGCUUUACUGUGGGAUUUAUUAAAUCAGUUAUUAAACUACA